AUGGAUGAAGCAGCAAAGAAAAAACAUUGCAGUCUUAUCAUGUUUGAAUUUGAUCCGUCCUCUGCUGCAUACAACGCACGCAAAGCAAGUCAACCAAUGCCAUUAAUGAUUGACUACACUACAUCUCUGGAAAACAGUUGUAUUCAAACACAAGACAACUUUGUACUCACUUCUUUUGUCGAACCUAUUCGAGUAAAGCCACGUAAAUGUAAGCCUCCUCCCAAGUCAACGAACGGCGCGGUUGUGAAAAAUAGUAGUACUGCCACUACUAUCGUUAAUUCUGGUGCUAUUGCUAUGGGUGACACUAAUACAAGCAUCAGUAACAACGUCUCGAAACCACCUUCUACCUCGCCUAUCUCACUGAAUCAACAAGUUCUCCCUCUAAAAUCCACCCCGUCUCCGCUUGCACUCCCAUCGGCCUCCUCACCAGCGAUCUCCUCAAACAAGCCUAAGUCAUCUCUUUCGACUGUACCUGUAUUAUCCAAUCAAGUGUCCAAUUUAUUUAUGAAUGAAACUGCUUCACAAAUUUCUCUUACUGAGACUAAGCGUGCUCCUCGGCCACCGAAUGCGUUUAUUCUUUACCGUCAGCAUACGCAGCCUUCGAUCAUCAAACAAGAAAAAAAACUGAAGAAUGCUGAAAUUUCGAGGAAGUUGGCUCAAAUGUGGAAAAACGAACCGGAUCACAUAAAGCUACAUUGGCAAAGAUGCGCUGACAAAAAGAAGUUAGAACAUAUGAAAAAGUAUCCUGGAUAUAAGUAUAAGCCCAGUAGACCAGGAACGAAUAGCAAUUGUCAUAAUGACAUGUAUUUAUAUCCGGAAAUGAUGGAUACGCCCAAAAUUGAUCCGACUGCUGAAUGGUAUCCAGAUAUGAGCAUGUUAUCGCUCGGGACAUCCAAUGCAAUCACUGGCAGAGUCGAGGGAAAUGGAGAAAUGCAUGGCGACUUGCAAGAAUAUUAUCAAAUGUUGACCGGAUUAGAAAAUAUCGGCAACAAUAUACCAAAUGUGAAUGUUGCUAACAAUAUAAUUCACGCAAGUAACUUAAGUAGUAUGAGAGCGAAUACCGAUGGGAAUGUCAAUGGCAUUGGUGUACAUAAUAAUGCCAUGUUUAUGAACGCAAGUAACAUAUAUGACGAAUAUGGCAACAUAAACGAAUGCUAUGGAGCAAGUAAUGAAUUCGUAAUGCAGCACACAAACGGCAGCGCUGGCAACGGUUUCAACAGUAGCAUUGGCCACGUACUUCAUAAUAACGGUAUUGGCAACGGUGUAAUCUUGAAUUUUCCUGAAGGAAACGGCUAUUACUGUGUAGGAAAUGAAUUUGGUAUUUAA